GUCCCCGCCCCCCGCCCCGGCUCCCUAGUGCCCUGUCCGGCUUGCUGUCUGUCCCUCCGCUCGCCUUCCAGCGCUGCCCGCUCUCUGGAGCGCUGGCGCCGAGAAGUGGACCAAUUUUGACAAGAUGUAGUGCUGCAGCAUCCCUGAUGGGCUCUGUUCAGUUAUGGCGUCCGAGCUUUGUAAGACGAUCUCUGUGGCAAGGCUGGAGAAGCACAAGAACCUGUUCUUGAAUUAUAGGAAUCUGCACCACUUCCCACUGGAGCUACUGAAGGAUGAAGGCCUGCAGCACUUGGAGAGACUCUACAUGAAAAGGAACUCCCUUACCACCCUGGAAGAAGCAGAAGGAGACACAGCUGUUCUGCCUUUCCCUGUUUCGUGCCAGGGCUGUGCCUCUCUCGGCCUACAGCCAGAAAACCUUGCUCAGAAGCUUCCAAACCUUGUGGAACUGUGAGUCUGUUUAUUCAAAUUUUUAAAAAAACAAGAUUGGAAAUAAUUUGAAGCUAUUUGAGAUAAUAGGAUAUAUCACUUUAAUGUAUUUAUUUGUUACUUUUAGGUGUCAUUAUCAUGGUAAUCCUGUAAGUAGAACUGUGGUUCUGCUGAACUCAAUUCUGUUUUUAAGAACUUUGCCAUUUGAAGUGGCAUUUUGUAUAUCUCAGCUCAGGUGUUGAAGGUGCUCUGGGUACAGUGUGUUGCCAGGGAAUCCUUCCUGGAGAGCCCCUGUGAUUGGGAGAACUGGUUAUUCUUAUUCUUCCAUGUGAUACUUGGUACGAAUGUGAGAUAGCAUAAUGUUUAAAAGUCUCUUUUCCUGCAUCCUCCACACCUCGUUAGUUUUAGUUCUUUCGAUGACUGCCUACAUAAUGUUAAAUAAAUAAAUACACCAUUGUUUCUGUUUUUGUUUUGCUUUGCUUUUCUUGGAGUGCUGGGGAUGGAACCCAGGGCCUUGUGCAUAUUCGGAAAGCACUUUACCACAGAGCUACAUUACUGGCCUACACUUUUGUUUUUAAGUGCAUCAACUUUAUCUGUUAACUUAACACUAAGGAAAAUACAUUUAGAUCAAUUCUUUCUCUUUCUUCCUAACUGCCUUCUAAUUUUAUUGCUGGAGGAUUUGCAUUGCUGUUCCUUGUUCUCUUUGUUUGCUGUGAUUUUGAAGAGGUACAGAAAGGAAAAGCUAACCUUAUCCCUCCAUCUUCACACUCAGAAUCUCUCAUUUCUGUUGUGCUAUGCUUUUAUCUUGAAAAUUCUCAAACUAACAGGAAAAUUGAAAACAUAGCACAAUGAAU